UCUCUAUUCGACUCGAUUAAUAGGUUUCAACAAUGGCGAACAGAACUUGAAUAAAUCGAGUCGCUCGCGGAGGCCGAUCGAGCAGUUCAACUUGACGCUUGACAUUUCUUCACUGGCAACAAUUAACAAGUAUAUCAUCCGUCGUCGCAGUUUGUUUGAGAACGUUUGUAUACACAUUACAAACGUGCGAUAAACCGUGGCGCAUGGUUCCAAACGAAUAAAAAUAUCGGUCCGCCGAGAUAAUGAGAAACAUUCACAAGAGAUAAGGAAACAAAGGCGUUAUUAGGAUUCAGUUCUUCAUGUUCACAUCAUAAAUCAAAUCACCAUGUGCGACGUACGACGUACAACCGCCUGUUGCUCGUUACCGAUUAGUGAAAGAAAACACGUGUCACGAAAAUUGUCGAAACGGUCAUUAUUUCUAGGCGUAGUAGUUUCUAAUGCGUAACAGCUUACAAUUAACGAGAAUCGGAUUAAAGCCAAUUGAAUGCGAGAGUGGGGGUGGACUGUCACAGUUGAACCGCAGCUCUGAAGCUGAUUAUGGAGUAACAGAUAUAUAGAUCCAUCUGGAUUGAUCGGACCGCAUAGAUAAGACGCGGCCUAACUCCAAUGUCGGUCCGACGCGGAUUCGAUUUCAAAAGUUACCAGUGUUCAUUUGCCGCGGGCGACGGAAGAAGCACUGAAGAAAUCAUCCCGAAACGGAACUGGUUGCGAAAGAGUUUUGUGCAUAACAGAAUACGAAUAUAAGCGUGGAAAAAAACCGGUAAGAUAAUAAAAAUUCAGCAAAUUAUUUCUGGCUAUCAGGCAACAACGCGAUAUGCGAAAACGUGACGAAAUGCGAUAAUAUUUUUCAAUCGACAUCAUUUUUCAGUCUUCUCCUUUGGAAAUAAACUUUACGACUAUAUACAUAAAAUAAACGCAUAAUUUUUUGUGGAGUACAAAGAUAUACCUAUUACUGACGUAUAUUUUUACUCGCCAAAUAUUUGCUUCGACUGUGAUUUGUAAUGUCAAAGAAAACUGAGAAAGAGAAAGUUGCUUAAGUGUUAAGUGUAAUAUAAAGCAGGCAUUCUGAAAAGUUGUGACUACGAGUAUUUGGAGAACUCAUUGAAUAUCAAACCGCAAUAGGACUGAUUUUAUCCUUGGGAAAACUACUUGUUGGAUUCAUCGUUGAAGGCUGAGGCUCCGGAAUCGCCAGAAGAAAUAGGACAGCCGUUCCAUUCUCGUCUCGCAUGGCUACAACCACGAAUAUCAGCGUGCUAAAGGAGGGGUGUCCGAAGGGGGAGAUGACGCAAGUCUCGUCUUCCCAGGACAAGCGUAGCAACGGACAAGAAACAACGGGCAAACGGACACAAUGGAGGCAAUGGCUAGCAUGCAUUUCAGCGACUCUAUCCAUGGUGGCGGUCGGCACCGUCUAUGGAUGGACCACCACGUCGCUCUCGCGACUCACAUCCGGCGCCAGCGACGUCCCGAUGAAGAUAACCGACGACGAGAGCUCGUGGAUAGUGUCGCUUACGGUGAUCGGCUCGAUGAUCGGUCCCUUCCUCGGCGCCAGUCUAGCCGAUCGAUAUGGUCGUAAGAGAUGUCUUCUGUUCGCCAGCGGCUUCUUCAUCGUCGGCUGGACCAUCGUGUUCUUCGCUCAAACUGUCGUUGCCCUCUACGUCUCCAGGGUGAUUCUCGGUAUCGGCGUGGGAAUCUCGUAUACCACCAACCCGAUGUACGUGUCGGAGGUCGCCGAUGUUGAGAUCAGAGGCGCCCUCGGUACUCUGAUCGCCGUCAACGUGUUCACCGGUUCCCUACUGACAUGCAGUAUCGGUCCAUGGGUAUCCUAUCAGGUUCUAACGCCUAUACUCCUCGCGAUACCUAUCCUCUUCAUGGUGUGUUUCUCCUGGUUUCCCGAGACACCCGCCUUUCUCGCGGCCAGGGGACGCAGAGCGGAAGCCACCAGAGCACUGGCGUUCUUCAAGGGGAUCCGUGAUCGCGACGAGGCGAGGAGAGAGCUGGAAUACAUGUUACGUAACGUUUUUAUCGAGGACGUUCGUGAUAAUACGCCUGUGAUUGGUCCCGGGGCCCGAACGGAACCGGUUAAGCGCAGCUGGAUGGCCAAACUGAAGCUGAUGCUGUUGCCCAGCAACGCCCGAGCUCUCAGCAUCAUACUGGGCCUGAUCACGGCGCAGCAACUUAGCGGAAACUUUAGCACUAUACAAUAUCUUGAAGUACUAUUCAAAAGGGCGUCGAUCGGCAUCGAUUCCAACAUCGCUACGAUACUCGUGCUUGCGGUCGGCCUCGUCUCCUGCGGAUUAUCAACCGCGACUGUCGAAGGCGCGGGCAGACGCCCGCUACUGAUCAUUUCCACCCUGGGUUCCUCCGUUACUCUGGCGAUCCUAGCGAUAUACCUCAUGCUGGACGGAAGAGGCUUCGACGUGUCUACGGCGAAUCUUCUUCCGGUGAUCGACGUGAUUGUCUUCCAGGUAACCUACCAGAUCGGACUGGGCACUCUACCAAACGCGUUAAUGGGCGAAUUGUUUCCCACCGAGGUGAAGGCAUUUGCCGGUGCCAUCAUCAUUGUCUUCGACGGCAUACUCGGCUUCGCCGUUUCCAAGUUGUAUCAGGUGAUAGGCGAUUGGCUGGGCGCCGAUACCGUUUACUAUUUCUUCGCGGCGUCGUGCUUACUAGCAUUCGUGAUGGUGAUAUUCACCGUGCCCGAGACCAAAGGCCGGACGUUCCGCGAAAUUCAGGAACUUCUGAGGGGUGGCGAAAAGACGACGGAGACACACACCGAUGAAUGUUCACAGGAACGAGGUAACAUGGCAUGACAGAGAAUAUGGUGCUGCAAUUUACGCCGGAUACGAUGUGAAUUUACUUACGAGAUAAUAUCAUCGGAUGUUUUUUACAAAGCAACGAACUUUGAAACGGCGAUUACUUACUCCGAACUGUAUAUAAAUGAUUUUUACACGAUGAACAGCGGAACGCAAAAGCGAAAUCACCUUUGUCCCGCGACUUACAUUUGCCUCGGUUUUUCUCGUUUCUAUUAUCGAAAAAUAAAGUGGUUUUUAUUAAUAUUCUUGCCGCGUAAAUUCAUGCCGACCUAAUAUCCAAAUAAUUUUAUUCAUAUUCCUUCAACUGUGAGUAUUUUGCGCCAGUAUUCCCAAGAUUAUGGUCGUCAUGAAAUUUAUUUAUUAAAACUCCGUUACAAAGGAACAGCCUUUGUAUUCGUUUCCUUUUUUUUCACGCCGGAUGUUAGGCAGAUCGGAUAUUUAACGGGAUGUCAGACUUCAGAGUUUCUCGUGCAUACAAGAUAAAAUAUUUAAGUAAGGAAAACGAUGUGAGGGGAGAAAUGGAAAUAAAAAGGACUGGCAAGUAAAAAUUUCUAGUAAAACACGCCGCAUCUUUUAUACGGGGAGCGUAAAAAUCGUAAGCGACGGUUAAACAUUGGGAUGAA